AUGGAACAUCAUUUUCUUCUCCAUGGACUCCUUGCCCUAUCAGCUCUUCACUACGCAGAAUCCCAUUCAGACCCUCAGAAAUAUAUCGAGAUCGCCACGGCACAUCACACCCGAGGGCUUACUCUUUACCACUCCAUCCUCUCAAAUAUGGACAAAGGGAAUGAUGUUGCCAGUAUUGCUUUCUCGAGUAUUACUGCUAUGUUUGCUUUUGGUCUCGCCAGGCCCGACGCAAAGAAAGAGGCUUCAGUGGGAUUGAUUGACGACAUGGUUCAAGCUAUUUCUUUAUCUAAAGGUUGGCAAACCGUUAUGCAUGUGAGACGGGGACUAGAGUCCCCCUCCCUCCAAAGAGAUCAGGUCACUCUGUCACCGGAUGCAGAAGCUACUUUUGAUCGACUAUAUGCUUUGAGCCAAGGGCAAAACGAAACACUCUGUACAACAGCAAUCACUUCUCUAAAAUCCGUUUUCAAGAAGACAGAAGAAGGACAAAAUGACAAUCCGCAUCUAUCCGGCGAAUGCGGAUGCGGGUUGCAAGAAGAAUUCUUGAAAUUGAUCAGGGCUAGAGAUGCUCUUGCUCUGGUGAUUGUGGCAUUUUCUUGUGUGAUUAUCGGAAAGGUUCCACAGGUAUGGUGGCUUAAGGGUUGGAGUAAGGGGCUUUUUGGGGUUAUUUGGAGGGAAGUUGGACACGAUUAUCACGAGAUUUUGGAAUGGCCGAGGAGGAUUGUUGGGUUUGAAAUAUAA